AUUCUGAUCCUUAUGAGCCACCGUCCAGUCCUUUGGCAUCAUGCAAUUAAAGAUCAGCUGACAAAACUCCCGCAUGCGGAACUUCUUGUGCACGGCAAGAUGGAGGGAGCGUUAGAGCAUCAUUUAGAAGACACAAUGAAGAAUCCCUCCAUUGCAGGAGUCCUGUGCACCGAUUCCCAGGGACUAAACCUGGGCUGUCGUGGUACUCUCUCAGAUGAGCAUGCAGGUGUAAUAUCUGUUCUAGCCCAGCAGGCAGCCAAAUUGACAUCUGAUCCAACAGAUAUUCCUGUAGUGUGCCUUGAGUCAGAUACUGGCAACAUCAUGAUCCAGAAGCAUGAUGGCAUCACAGUGGCAGUACACAAAAUGGCAUCUUAAGCUUAUACAUCCACAAUGCUUCUUGCUCUUCAACAAUUCACCUGUGUGGAAUACUCCUCUGCGGAUUAAUACGGGUUGAAUAUCCAGUGUCGCUAGGCGGAACCUAGUUGGAUUGGACUGUAAACAUUUUUGCCAGUUGUUAUGAAAUCUUAAUAGCUCUGAACUUUUGUCAUUUCAUACUAUCGGGCAUAGGGAGAGUACUUUGGCAGGUAGUGUCAAUACUAAAGAAAUCAAUAAAUAAAUCAAAAUGCAGUGCUUGUUCCUAUCAUUUGACUGAAUACUAUUUUAUUUGGAAUGUCUGGCAAGGCUAUGGUGUUCAGUUCUCCUAAGUAAAUUAUUAGUCAUCUUAGCUUUGUACAUGGAAGGUAGUUCUACACUAACAAUCACAUCUUUUCAAAGAGACUUGACAAUAAGUUACGUGGCUAAUGAGACAAACUGUCUUGUGUUUAUCUGCUUGCCAUCUGAUGGCAGUGUAUAACUGCCAUUUGUAAGGGUCAGUCUCCUGAAUGGUUUCUGCUGACUGAUCCGGAGAUGCGUAUAGGGUUGAUAGUAAACAUGAACGGUUCAUGUUCUAAUUCUAGAGACCUAAACAUCUAGCAAUUAAAGCAUUCUAAAUGUAGAGAGCAGCUCAAAAUUAUUAAUUCCCAGGGUGAUAAUCCUCUGGCAAUUCAUCCAUCAAGCAAAUAAAUAAGAUGGAGGCCCAGAACAGGCUUUAUUUUAGCUUGAACUAUAGGCAAAUUGAUAAGAAAAUAGCACCUUCAGCAUGCAACAAUUGCAGUAGGGUGGGGUGGGGGGUUGGGUACAGUUUAUUUCCACUUAAAAGAAAGCAGCAUAUUGAUACUUUCCUCUGAGUUGAAGACUUAAAACUAGCCAAGUGUAUGUUCUUGCCUUAAAACCUUGUCGUUGCAUCUAAAAUACUAUUUUAGCUGAAAUUUGUGAGAAAUUAAAUGCUGCUUUACCCUCUUCUAUUUGGAUUGAAGUGCUAUGUGGGGAUUUAGCAGAAAUUGUUUGUGUACUUGAUACGCCCCCCCCCUUUCAAAAUAAUCAAAAGUUUCUACUAAGGAGUCAAAAUGUCUUGGUCAAUAAAAACACUUAAAAUUUU